CCCGGCGGGCGGGGCGGGCAUCCUGCUGCCGGCGCAGCCCUCGCGGAGUCCCAAGGCGGGCCGCGGUCGGGAGAUCGGGCAGCCGCAGACGGACUGUUCCGGGCUGGAAAAUCUCUCCAAGGUGCCCAUUCCAGAAUUUGUGCUCUUAGUUAAAUUCUUCCUGAAGUCUGACCUAAACCUCUUCUCCGCCCUUUGCUUCCGUGCCGGCUGGAGUCUUUACUUGGUGCCUGUAUCAACCCCUCCAUGUGUCCACGAGAGCAGAAAAGCAGCAGGAUGGGCAGAAGCCCAGAGCAGUUGGCCCCUGCAGAACCUGGAACAGAAGAGGCCACCUCCCUGAGGCACCGCGCCCAGAGGAUCAAGCUGCAUCAUCCCAGAUUCCUCAGGCUCUGAGAAGACCAGCAGGAUGUCUGAGAUGCCAAGAACCACAGGCCCCUGACUGCACCUUCUCCCCUCUGAAGAUGCCGAUGGUGCUACUCUUCUCCUUGGUCAGCUGCCUGCUUGCCAUACACCAGGCCAACUUAAUCACCCGCUGUGACUUGGCCAAGGUGCUGCACCAGGAAGACCUGGAUGGGUUUGAGGGCUACUCUGUGAGUGACUGGCUGUGCCUAGCUUUUGUGGAAAGUAACUUCAACAUAUCAAAGGUAUAUGAAAAUACGGAUGGCAGCUUUGACUAUGGCAUCUUCCAGAUCAACAGCCACUACUGGUGCAACGAUAACCGAAGUCACUCGGAAAACAUUUGCCACAUGGAAUGCCAAGAACUGAUGAGCCCCAAUCUCCUCUCGACCAUCAACUGUGCAAAAAAGAUUGUGUCUGGAGCAGGGGGGAUGAACAACUGGUGA